AUGAUUAUUAGAACUCCUACAAGAACAAAGACACAGUCUCUCAACGGUCCUCAAGUAGAUUUCAAGUUCCCAUCUGCGGGAAAUUUACAGGCUUCUGACGUGGAAUUGAAUAACCACUUACUUCUCAAUGAAGUACUGGGUAAAUCAGAACGUGACCCUCACCAUCUUCAUGUCCAGGAAAAUAAUGAUUCUGGAUCUCAGAUACUUUCCGAUUACACAUCUUCCUCCAAUACUAAUACACACUCGUCUAAUGGGUACUAUUCGUUUGCUAAUAUUUCUGAUAAUACAACGUCUCCUGCAUUUUUCAAUGCCCCCAGUGAUGCUUCUUACACGAUGGCACAAUCGAAUACGAGUGAUUCCAAAGCUAGUUCGAGGAUGUCAUCGAUACGAGAAACGGGUAAUUUACCCUUGGGUUCUUCACAAGUGGCACAAUUUUCUAUGGAAAGAAUCCCAGAGGGCAAUACUGUUUGCUCUGGGAACCAAACUAUUCGUACUGCUGAUAAUAUUUCAUACGAAAUUGUAUCGUCAAAUUCUAGUGAUAACAUCUCAAAUGGUAAAAUUAGGGCCACUUCUGACAGUACCAAUGAGUCCUCCAUGAUCAAUAAGAAUCAUAACACUGUCAUCAAACGUUCUUUAAAAUUGCAACGUAUACCGACAAUAAGACAGGUUAGAUCUACAAAUUCAAGUUUAUGUUCGGUACCAUACCCCACAAACUUAUCUACAAGACGUUCCGCUUUGAAGAGAUCUAAUGCCAUUAGAUGUAAAGGAGGUCUCUUACAAUAUUUCCAUCUCAUGGGCAUCAAGAUCAAGAGAAAUUUCAAGAAAUUGAGAAUGGCUGUAAGAAGAAAAUUAUUCUCUUACAGGAAGUCACAAUCCAAAUCGAAACGCAAUCAAAGUAUCAAUAAGAAUCUACCAACGGUACCUGGUCAACUGAAAACCGUUAAACGUUCCAUAUCCUUUAGACAGAAUCCUACGACUGGUUACGUUUCAAAUUUGAAGAGAUCUAUAUCAAGAAAAUCAUCUUUAAACGUAAGCUUAAUGACAAAGCAGAAACAGGACUGCGAUGUUACACGUAAGACUAAUUCUUCCAUAAGACGUACUACAUCAUCCAUUAGAAGAGCUGCGUCGUCGCUGAAUACGGUGCAACCUAGAAAUUCCCUGAGAACGUCAUCUUCGUCGAAUAGCAACCAUUCUAAAUUGGUUAGAUCUCAUGCUACUGCGUCAUUGAACUCUAUCAUAAGACAACCCUCCAUUGUGGUGAAGAAUAAAGUGAUACCACUAUCGAUGGGUCACUAUUCGAUAUUAGAAGAAGAAGAAGAAAACAGUGGUGUUACAAACAAAGAAGAUACACCUAUGGAAUCUGCAGAACUGGUAUUUGCAGACAUUCAAGAAGAGUCAGAAGAAGAAGAAGAAGAAGAAAUUCACGAGCACGUUGAGAACUUAGAAAAGCUAUUCAAUUCAUACUUCAAGCGUAUUGUCGCACAAAGAAUCACACUACGUCUACAAAUGGCCAAAUAUGAGGAAUCAAACAUGCUAGAUGCCUCCUAUAAGAAGGUUCUAGAAGGUAUUUUAAGCGAUUACGAAACCGAACACAGUUCUCAACGUAUAUUUGACAGUGAUAACAAGUCAGAACUCUCAUCCACCUAUUCCGAUGAAAUGUCAGAAAAUGACACUUCUACGGACAAUGAAGAAGAUGAGACCAUGGACGAUAUCAAAUCAUUGAAUAUAGGAUUCAAGAAGGACAUAACAACUCCAUUUGCCAGCCGUUACGCCAGCCGCAACGCUAGUCCCUUCUCAUUGCCAACCGGCACGGUCAGAAGAUCCCUUACACUGCCUACAAGAAUCAAGAUAUAA